UUGUCACUGGGAGCAGAGAGGGAGAAUGAAAGAAGGAGAAAGAAGAGGAAGACAGCAUGUUCUAGACUGAAGAUACAGCACUGUCAGCCUGGAGGAUUUGCACAGUGCUAUGUUAGAGUGGAUACACCUGGCAAUGAGGAGAUGUGGUAAAGAUGCACUGGUCGUCUGAAUGGGCAGAGCAACACUAUGACGUCUCUUCCACCACGUCACCCCCUGCCCACCCUAAACCGCUAUCAUACCCACAGCCUAGUCGCCCUGGCUUCUCUGGCUAUUCUGAUGACAUUAAUGCCCUCAGUGCCUCAACCCUCCUGAAACGCUAUGCUGAAAGAUAUUCCUUCAGUCCGGCGUACCCGGAGCCUGGGACAUUCCGAAGAAGCGAGCCCUCCCAGGAUGCCUGGUCUGUGGGCUACAGCUCAGAAGGGCUCACUGGGCUUGAGGCAGUAAAGGGGUCGUUGCCAACUGCAAGUAACCUUUCGGAGCAGUUUAGCACGGGUGCCAUAUCUCAGGAUUACACUUCCACCUACACUGGCCCCCACUUGUACCAUAAACCCACCUACCUGCCCCAGCCAGCGUUUGCCUUGCCACCUACCUACCCAGCUUCUGCCCCAGCUUAUACCUAUCCCCCCAGUCUAACAACCCCUAGUUCCCCUUCACUGCUUCCAUCAGGCAUACACACACCUACACCUCUGAGCACCAGCCUCCCAAGCAACCACAGCCUUCAACCUCUUAAACGACCUGAAGAGUUCCAGGAACUUCCUCGCAACAGGAAGUUUGGAUUUGACCAGCCAAAAACGGCUCGAGUAUCACCUUAUGCAAUCAGGGAUAGCAGUGAUCAGCCCAUCAGCGAUGGCAUCGGGAAUAGUAGCGCAGACCUCCAAAACUUCAGGCCAGACAGGCUUCUCUCACAGCCAGAUUUAAAGGUAGACAUGGUGAGGAAGACCAGUCAUCUGCAGCCCUUGGAGGCACCCUCUUAUGGAGGUCCAGAUCAGUACACCUACCACUAAGUCUCCUUGAGUUAUGCAAUAAACGUCCUGUUUUCAGAUGAGUAGUAUCUCAUUGGACGUGGGUAUACUUGCUCUGUGUAAAACAGGGAAGAAAUAAUGAUGAAAGAUUAUUAAUAGCUCAAUCACACUACCAUUCAAAAGUGUAUAAGCAUAAAUGUAUAAUGUAAUACAUGCAUGUUACUCAGAACUCAACACUAAAUAAGACCUCUAAGAGUGUGGUUUAAGUUCCAGUCCAUGGCUACAUAUGCAUUGUAAAAGCUACAUUUGCAUAAAACAAACUAUUAACUAAUAAUACAAAUAUUAAUUUGAAAAGUGAUUCCAAACCUUUGAAUGGUAGUGUUGGGGUUAAUAAUAUUUGGAAUUUUUCUAAUUCAGCAUAAGUGGUGCACAUUUUCCUAGUCUACCAUGUUUACCAAAAUACUACUACAAAGUGGGUUCCACCACAAACUGACAUGCAAACCUUUAAGUUUAUCUGUGUGUCUCUCCAUUUUAUUUUCUUACGUCUGUAAUUUGUUCUCUAUCCUAGCUCAUGCUGCCUCUCUAAGUAAUCAAUAAGUGUAGUGAAGCAUAGCCCAUAACCAUGGCAAGCUCUGAUCCACCGAGUCAAUCAAUAAAUUCCAAUCCAAAGGAAGGUGGAGAUUGAGAGGUGAGAGUUCAGCAGAUUUUGAUUGUACUAAAGGUUUACAUAUAUUUGAAAUGUAUUCAGGAACAUAAAUGUUUAUAUAAUUCAGGUUUUGACUGUGAUGUUUUGAGUUUACUUUCUGAAAAUGUGCUGCAACAUUGUAAUGAAUGCUGAAUGAAUAUUACUGCUCAUAUAAAAAAAAAAACAUGUUCACUCGCACACUACAUAAAGUAAAGUAUAUAUGCAAACGGUGUACCUCUUUAGAGGUUUCUCUGCAAGUCUUGAAUGUAACUGAUAUCCUCAGGAAUUAUGAAUGAAGCCAUAGUUGUGUUUUUACUUUCCGAUCUGCUCUUUUUGUCUUGUUUUUUUUUUUCUUCAGUUCACUAUAUGAUAUUGCACCUCAGGAUCAAAUGGUUUGAUGAUUGUUAAAAAUGUCACGUUUUUGCUGAGGCAUAUGUCUCUUUGGAAUGUUAACUUUCAGCUGCUAUUGCUUACAUUCAUCUGUUAUGCUCCUACUUUGUAAAAUAGCUUUAAUUAAAGACAUUUUAAACACAGUAUAUUUUACAUCAGUAGAUAGAAUUUGGGAAUACUGUUAUCAUACAAAGCCAAAAGGAAGAGUGCUUCUUUCUUUUCCUGCUCUGCUGCUCACAGGGCCAACAAAGAACCACACACAGCUUCCCUAACCCUCCUGACAUGCAUCAGUGGCUGUACUGUGAGAUGUAACCCCCACCCAUUCUCUGUGCUAGAGGGAUCUAUGUAGUGCCGCACUACUUUUGUGAUGUGAAGGCAAAUGGCUGCUACUGUUCAAGUAAAUGAGAUUUAGACAGGUUUACAAAUGGUUAACAAACUGCCUCAAGUGUGCUGACUACAUGUGGUUAUGCAAUUGAGGAAAACAAACAUUGCCAGUUGUUAGAAACCACUACCUCAUGUUUGUGUUUACAUUGAUUUAUGUUGAACAUAGUGUGUACUUCUUUUUCUUUUUUCUCUUUAUCUACCUCAAAAAUCCUUUGUUCAAAAUAAAAGCAACCAUACCAAUGCA